CUUUCAGAACUCUCAUAAGUUCUCUAGUUUUGAUUGAGACCGCUUUUAACUUGUCAGAUUGAUUCAAGAUGGACGAGAUGUUUCGAAAUUGGUCAAGGCCCAAAUACAGCGAGCGCCAGUCAUGCUCCGCCCAAGCACCAGCAGGGUGCCAAGAUCGUAUCCGCCUAUUUCAUCACGUACUGGUACCGAAUUGUGGCAACACCAAGCAUAUAAGCUUAAUUUCCCUCGUCAUUGUCUAAAUUUGUACAUUUCCUUGCACUCUCAGAUUUCCUUCUUUGUGUAGAAACGUUCGUUUUAUCUUAUUGUUCUGCUAGAGAUUCGGUGAACAUAAUCCCAAGCUUCUGCAUCUCUUCCACCUUCACUCCAUUGUGAGACUUGCACCAUUAGGCGUUUAGCUAUUAGCUACGCCUUCUUUUCUUUCACGACCAACCUCUAGGCUGCGUUGGUAGUAAGGGCUCACUCCUACCCUACACUCGCCGCGAUGCAACACAAGACACUCGCUGCCCUUUUGGCCCUUCCAUUCGUUCAGGUCGAAGGUAUCUCGUUGGAUGUCACCAGUACUGAGUCUAUCAAAUCAGCGGCAUCCUCUAUUGCAAGUGGUAUGGUAACAUACUAUAGUGGCAAUGAAACGACGAAUAUCCCAGGAGUUCUGCCUUCACCUUACUACUGGUGGGAGGGUGGAGCGUUUCUUGAUACUCUUCUCCAGUACUGGCAUCUAACCGGCGAUUCCCAAUACAACGCCCUCGUUUCCCAAGCUCUAGUUUUUCAACAAGGACCAAAUGGCGACUUCAUGCCUCCCAAUCAAACAAAAAGUGAAGGAAACGACGACCAAUCAACUUGGGCCUUAGCUGCCAUGACAGCCGCUGAGCUCAAGUUCCCUGACCCGGCCGGUACGACUUGGAUUUCGUUAGCAGAAGCAGUAUUCAAUGAUCAAGCCAGUCGCUGGGAUACGAGUACCUGCAAUGGUGGUCUUCGGUGGCAGGUUUUCAGCUUUAACACCGGGUACGAUUACAAGAACAGCGACUCCAACGGAUUCUUCUUCCAACUCGCAUCUCGCCUCGGACGAUAUACCGGCAAUUCUACUUACUCCGACUGGGCAAACAAGGCCUACGACUGGAGCUCUGAAAUCGGAUUUGUAGACGAAAAAUUCAACGUCUAUGAUGGGACUGAUGUUACCACGAACUGUACCUCGAUCAACAGACUUCAAUUCUCGUCUUAUGCGGGAACAUACAUAUCCGGUGCGGCAUAUAUGUAUAAUUCCACUAGUGGCAGUUCUCAAUGGAAAUCAACACUAGAUGGCCUCCUCAAUCAGACAAUAUCGAUCUUCUUCCCAGAUGGAAUCGCGACCGAAGUGGCAUGCGAAAGCCACAGUACUUGUAUUACGGAUAUGUACGCAUUCAAAGGCAUCCUUGCACAACAACUUAUCAACACAAUCCAAAUGGCGCCUUACACAUCUUCCGUCAUUAUGCCUAAGUUGACGACGUCUGCUGUGGGUGCUGCGAAUGCGUGUUCUGCGGGCUUGUCUGGGACAGAAUGUGGGUUUACGUGGGGAAGCUCGAGUGCUGGGAACGAGACAGGGUUGGGAGAGCAGUUGAGUGCGUUGAGUUAUGUGCAGGGUUUGCUUGUUGGCCAGGCUUCGGAUGUGGUUACGCAGAGUACUGGAGGAAGUAAUGGGACGGUUACUUCGACGGGAGGGGCCAACUCGAGUUCCACGACGACGAGUGGACCUGCGGCAACUGUUAGUAAGAGCGCCGGUACUCCUGUUGGGAUUAAAAGUAUGAGCAUGGCUGUGAUGGUAGGACUAGUUGGGCCGAUAACCUGGGCACUGCUGUAAAACAUAACGAUGUACGAUACUGCCCCGAAAAGUGUAUUUGAAGUGGGUAGCAUAGUGAAUGAAGCUCGCUUGAAGCACG